AAACAUCGCAAAAAUACAAGGACACCGCCGAAGGACGGUUCUGUAGCACUCUUGAACGAACUGGGCUUCAAAGGUAACACUGAUGCAAGGCAAAGUUAGUUGUUUGGAUCAUAAGUUAUAAACCGUAUAGCCGUCUGCUUGGAGAAAAUACAGACACGAGUUCACAAAGCGUGUAGUCAUCUGUUACGUUUGGAAACACUACAUCGACUGUGAUGACUUUGAAUGCGUGUGCGUACGCUGGUAUGCCAGUGUAUGGCAAUUGCAAUUACAGCUGCUCUGUUCCCUGGACCGAGGGUUCGCAAAGCAGCAACAACCUCGUCCAUUUCGUGGACUUGGCGUCCAGCAACAUCAAGCACGCCCUGGACAGACCGGUAAGAUCGAGACGGAAAGUCAAUCACCGCAAAUACUUGCAGAAGCAGAUCAAGAGGCGCUCCCAGCAGUCGCAGAGCGGCGGACUGAUGGGAGACCAAAAGGUCGCGCAGGGGAUCAGGGAUGCUGCCAAGUCUGCAUUAUCCACCGAACCAGGCGAAACGCCUAGGGCCAAGUAUGGGACGCGCUCAAGGGAGACGAAGGCACAUCUGAAUGUAUCGCAGUGCAAGUCCCUUUCGGCCAUGUUUGAUUUGAAGGCGCUCCUGCACGCAGAAACUUCUGGGGCUGACGAAGACGGUGCCAAAGUCAAACAUCAGAGACCAAUAGGGCAUGAGCCAGUACCCCUGAAAAGGCGCAAUCUUCCCGUGUCUUUCUUCCAGGAGCCCGACGUCAGCUCACUCCUGUUGCCUCAUCGGGAAAUCUUGUCUUCGCUCAGUGUCGACUUCGACUUUCCCAGCGUGUCAACAUCGGAAGAAGAGGAGGAUGACGACGACAUUGCCCUCCGCGACACCAUCGACUGGCUUUGCUCGACCGCAGACUUGGACCAGAUACUAAACCCGCUGUUGGACGAGAUGAGGACAGCUAAGGCACGGGAGGAGAGGACAGCCACUGUUUCCGAUACCGGACACGGCGAAAUGGGCAGCGGAGCGAAUGGCGUCUUGGCGGGGAUGCAGCACGGUGCGUUUGCCCAUGACUUCGAGAAAGAGCCCAGUCAUGACGAUGUGCAACAAGUUCAAGUGAUUGAUCCACACGGCAGCAACGCCUUGGAGCAAUGGGUAGGCCUAGACAGUGCGCAGCCUGCUCGUAACACAGGGCAGUUGCUGUAUGCUAACACUUUGCAUCAACAUCCAAACAACGUGCAACAAGACAACGUCACCUUUACUUACAAUGCACUGGAGCCCAAUUCGACCCACUACCAGAGUCGAAUCCAAAAGGAUAGUGACACAACGAACCAAGUCGACAUUGAUGAGUACUUCACAGGUAACGAGGGACCCCGCCACGAGUUUGUGGGCGGUCAACUCGACUCUUACGGUGCGGCUCAUCAUCGAGCCCAACCGCCCCAGACCCAUUACAACUUCACCCCUGCUCAACAACUCUGCCAAGGUCAGUCAGGUUGCACCAGUAAUCCAGAUAUGAGCUACCCGGCGAUGAUAGCCGAGAUGAGGCAGCACAUAAGGCAACAGGAUACGCACCGUAGUUUGACGGGAGGACAGAGCAUCAGCACGGGAGGGGACAGGACCCUUCCUACCUUCCCCCAAGCUUUCAUGAACGAGGCAACGCCGUGGUCCCCAAGCAAGGACUGGAGUUGACAGCUCUCCCGUUUUACUCUGAUUUUAAUACACAACAUCUGAACAAAAUCGGGAGGAUUACCUGAAAUUUAAAGUUUGAUAAAUG